CAACAAAAACAAACAAAAGAAAGCCAACAAAAAACCAAGAAGCUCCUCCAACCAAAAAAAGAAAGCUCCAAGAAAGCCAAUCAACUCCCAAAACAACAACCAAGGCAUCAAAAGAAAAAAAACCAGCAGUCCCUGCAAAGAGAGUCCAACAAUUUAAUUAUCGUUCCAACAUCGGAACGGUAAUCAAACUGUUGAAGGGGGUCAAAUUCACAAAAGCCCAACAGACAGAGCUGCAAAAAACCCCUUUUUGGCCCCUUAUAAAUGCUCUCUCCUCAACACAACUGAAGGCCUCUUGGUGCAGAUGCUACAAUUCCAUUGUAGCAGAAAUGACAACACUCUACAACAAAAGAAAAAGAUCAUUUGUACUUGGCAAAAAGGAAAUGAAACUCAGAACCAGUGAUGUCAAGCUCAUUUUUGGUAUCGACUGUGGAGAAGACAGCAUCACCACCAAAUCCUAUGCAAGACCAAAGGAUUUUGAGCUUCCAUUUUACAAACGAAGAUGCAAAUCAAUCAAGAGAUUGGAUGGCAAGUCUUUGACCAAAAUGUUUCAACAAACAAAAAAA